GGGUGCGCCCGGCUCUUCAAAGGGCGUCCGCGGCGGCCGGCGGCGGCUGUGCGAGAGGCGGGCAGCGCACGGAGGACGCGCUCGUAGUGGUGCGGUGCGGUGUGCAGAGGCUCUUCUGCGUGGUGGCUCAGAAUGAUGGAUCAAGCCAGAGCAGCAAUUUCUAACUUGUUUGGUGGAGAACCUUUAUCGUAUACCCGGUUUAGUUUGGCUCGGCAAGUAGAUGGUGAUAAUAGUCAUGUGGAGAUGAAACUAGCUGUAGACGAGGAAGAGAUUGUUGAAAAUAAUGUGAGAGGUAAUCAUGCCAGUGUUAAAAAGCCGAAGAGGCUCAAUGGAUGCAUCUGCUAUGGAGCUAUUGCUGUCAUCAUCUUUUUCUUGACUGGAUUUAUGAUUGGGUACUUGGGUUAUUGUAAGCGUGAAUGUGGGAGACUGGCAGCCACGGAGUCUCCGGACAUGGAGAAUGAAGAACCUGAAGGACCUGAAGAAAGUUUUGAACCUGAGGCAUCACCUCUCUUACUGUGGACAGACCUCAAAACAAUGUUGUCAGAAAAACUAGAUACCACAGACUUCACCAGCACCCUCAAGUGGCUGAGUGACAAUUUAUAUACCCCUCGUGAGGCUGGAUCUCAAAAAGAUGAAACCCUUGGUUUCCUUAUUGAAAAUAAAUUCCGUGAAUUCAAACUCAGCAAGGCCUGGCAUGAUGAACAUUUUAUUAAGGUUCAAGUCAAAGGCAGUUCUCGAAACUCAGUGACCCUCCUGCGUACAAAUGAUAAUACACCAUUCCUGGUGGACAAUCCUGAUGGUUAUGUGGCAUAUAGUAAAGCUACAACCGUUUCUGGUAAACUGGUUCAUGCUAAUUUUGGCACUAAAAGAGACUUUGAAGAAUUAAAAUUUCCUCUGAAUGAAUCUUUAGUUAUUGUCAGAGCAGGGAAAAUCACUUUUGCUGAAAAGGUUGCAAAUGCCGCAAGCUUUAAUGCAGUUGGUGUCUUAAUAUACAUGGACCGGGCUAAUUAUCCUAUUGUUGAUGCAGAUCUUCAACUCUUUGGACAUGCUCAUCUGGGAACAGGUGACCCUUUUACACCCGGGUUCCCUUCUUUCAAUCACACUCAAUUUCCACCAUCUCCGUCUUCGGGAUUGCCUAAUAUUCCUGUCCAGACAAUUAGCAGAGCCUGUGCAGAGAAACUCUUUGCAGAAAUGGAAGAAGAGUGUCCAAGUGCUUGGAACACUGACUCUUCAUGUAAGUUGAAAUCCAAUAAGGAUAGGAGAGUAAAGCUCUCUGUAAACAAUGUGAUGAGUGAGAGAAGAAUUUUUAACAUCUUUGGAGCUAUUAAAGGCUUUGAAGAACCAGAUCGGUAUGUUGUAGUUGGGGCCCAGAGAGAUGCCUGGGGUCCUGGAGCUGCAAAAUCCAGCGUAGGAACAGCUCUCCUAUUGGAGCUUUCCCGGAUAUUCUCUGACAUGGUUUUAAAAGGUGGCUUCAAACCCAAGAGGAGUGUUAUCUUUGUCAGCUGGAGUGCUGGAGACUUUGGGGCUAUUGGUGCCACAGAGUGGCUAGAGGGAUACUUUACAUCUUUGCAUUUAAAGACUUUCACUUACAUUAAUCUGGAUAAAGCUGUUCUUGGUAACAAGAACUUCAAGGUCUCUGCCAGCCCACUUUUGUAUUCACUUAUCGAGAAAACAAUGAAAGAUGUAAAAAAUCCAGUUACUGGAUUAUCUCUAUAUACAGAUAGCAACUGGAUCAACAAAGUUGAGAAAUUUUCUUUGGAUAAUGCUGCUUUUCCUUUUAUUGCAUAUUCUGGAAUUCCAGCAGUUUCAUUUUGUUUUUGUGAGGACAAAGAUUAUCCUUUCUUGGGUACUACGAUGGAUACUUAUGAUGCACUGAAUGAGAAAAUUCCUCAGUUGAAUGGAAUGAUACGAGCCGCAGCAGAAGUGACUGGUCAGCUCUUAAUUAAACUUACCCAUGAUGCUGAAUUGAACUUGGACUCUGAGAGGUAUAAUGACAAGAUACUUUCAUUUGUGAGAGAUAUGAACCAAUUCAGAGCAGACAUAAAGGAGAUGGGUCUGAAUCUACAGUGGUUAUAUUCUGCUCGUGGAGACUUCGUCCGUGCUACUUCUAAACUAACAACAGAUUACAAAAAUGCUGAGAAAACAAACAAAUUUGUCAUGAGGGCAAUCAAUGACCGAAUCAUGAAGGUGGAAUAUAACUUCCUCUCGCCCUAUGUAUCGCCAAGAGAUUCUCCUUUCCGACACAUCUUCUGGGGCUCUGGUCCUCACACUCUGUCAGCUUUACUGGAGAACUUCAAGUUGCGUCAGAGAAAUGGUGCUUUUAAUGACACAUUAUUGAAAAACCAGUUGGCUUUAGCAACGUGGUCUAUCCAGGGAGCUGCAAACGCCCUCUCGGGUGACAUUUGGGACAUUGACAAUGAACUAUAAGUGUGAGACCCUUAAUGUAAGAACUUCAGGGUAGUUUGGUUUCUAGACGUGGGCUUGAUGUAGGGCUACAAAAUCUAAUGUCAAAACUCUACCCAAUCAUAUUGGUACUACUAGAUAUCUUUAGGCAACAGCUUUUAAUACCAGGUAGGUACCUGCA